AUGGGAAAAAUGGAUGGACGAAGAGAAAGGCGGGUUUACUAAAAAAGAAAACUGCAAAAAAGCAUCAUACGAAUUGGUAUGUGAUACGGAUCUUUUGGCUCGGUCUUUUGAAGCAUCUGGGCUUACGCUUAAUCCCGAUGGAAGUGAAGAUGACAAAAUGACAAGCCGUCUCCAGGCUAUUAUCGCAAAUCGUAUGAAUGAGGUGUAUUUUUCUAUGGAAGAGGAUAAUGAACCAGCAAAUCAGGAUAAUGUAGAUAAUGAAUCAAAUCCUGAUAUACUUUAUGAAUUCGACGGUGAAAGUGUGAUGGAUGAUUACCCCGAAGAAAUGGAUACUGAUGAUGAUCCUGACGAAAUGGACUUUGAUUAUUGA